UUCUAAUGAUAAGCAUACGAGAUAUCUGAUUGGAUCCGCUGUGGCGGAUUAAGGAACGUUCCAUCGAGCCACAAAAUUUUCCAUUAUCUCGAUGGUAUAGCACUAUUCAGGAACCAGUAAGAUUUGCGGACUCGUUUAUUCGGACUAGAUGCUAGUGCAGGAUAUGUGGGAUAUAUGUAGGUCCCCAAUCUCGCGCAUUGCGCUGAGCCUCAGGAUAGCAUUCGAAAACUCUUUCCGUACACUCAAACGGGAUGUUGAACGACUCCCACGCUGUCCCCCCAACGGGCAUGGAGAAGGGCCAGCCGCAGUCGACAAUGAGCGAAUCUAACACAGGAGCAGACCAAGCUCUGACUGCGCUUCAGAAAGUUGAGGUCGGUACCGCAUCUCACCCCAUUCACUGGAAUCCGGUGAAAAAAUGGGCAGUCAUCAGCGUCUACUGCUUGCUACAAACCUUCAUCGCUCUCUCAACGACCACAUAUGUCAGUGCUGAGUUUCUCGUCAAAGAAAAAUAUGGAGGAUCAUCACAAGUCGUAGCACUUGGUCAGUCUCUUUUUAUCGUCGGGACAGCAGUCGGACCGGCCUUUCUAGGUCCUUUAUCUGAUAUAGGAGGGCGAAAAUGGGUUUAUGUGGGUUCUAUCGGGAUCUAUGCGAUUUUGAACAUCGGCACCGCGCUGGCACGCAACUUGCCGAUGCUCAUAAUUUUUCAAUUCCUCUGCGGAGCUGCUGGAAGCACGGCUCUGUCAAACGUGGCUGGCACCAUCGCUGAUCUAUUUGGUGACAUGGAUGGGGCUGGCCAGCCAAUGGCGCUAUUCGUCAUGUCUGCCAAUUAUGGGCCAAGUAUAGGCUCUCCGAUAGGAGAACUGAUCGCGGAAAAUGAAAGGUUGGGAUUGCCUUGGAUUUUCUGGAUCAACGUUAUCAUUGGUGGCGCAUUUGCCAUCAUCAUGUGUUUCAUUCCAGAAACACUCCCGCGGAUUAUUAUCAGCAACUCGGCAAGGAAAAAUAAGUCAUCGGACCCAACCGAACUAGCUGUGAUAGAGGAACGUGUAGAUGUCCUGAAAGAGAUGCGAUUCGUUACCUCGAUGGCUUUUCGUAUUAUGCUGACUGAACCGAUCGUCACAUUCUUGGGCAUCUACAACGGAUUCGCCUAUGGGCUGCUCUUCUUGUACUUGGAUGGAGUAUUCGACGUAUUUGCUGUCAAUAACGGAUUAUCGUAUAUCGAUGCCGACCUCACGUAUCUGAACUUUGUCGUCAGCGUUACCAUCAUGUUCGCCUUUAUUCCAGUUCAGACUUGGUUUUACAAGCGCGACCGAAAGAGAAACGGUGGCGUUGGCCGACCGGAAGCGAGAUUCUUGACCUCGCUGUUUUUCGUCUGGGGAUUUCCGAUAUCUCUUCUAUGGUUCGCCUUUACUAGUGAUGGAAGCGUUUCGUACUGGUCUCCGGUGGUAGCUGGUGGCGUGCUAGGAUUCUGUGAUCCGCUUCUAUGGCUCGCGAUGUUAAACUACAUUGCCGAUUCGUACACCAACGUUGCCGGGUCGGCAAUAGCAGCUUUUUUGAUACCAUCUUUUCUAAUCGCGGCUGGUUGCUGUCAUAUUGGAAUCGUCAUGUUUGACAACUUAAGUACUAAAUGGGCGAUGGCUAUCCUAGGAUUCGUCUCAUUUAGCCUUGUGGCAUUGGUAUAUGUCUUGUACUUUUUUGGGCCACGAAUUCGAUCCUGGUCGAAGUUGGCGAAGAAGUAAUAGACGGUGAUAACAUCGUCUUGGAUAUCAUGGUGUCAAGCGAUUCCUGUCUAUAUCUUGGCAAUUGAUGUUGGAUUUGGCAUUUCACUGCCAAGACACUUUAUUGCUUUAUCAUAUCGAGAAGAAUUCAAAGUGUAUCACGUGAUGGAUGACAUAAGGCGUUUGGUACCUGCCGUAAGCGCUUGCAAUUUACCCCACCAUGUCCUACUUACAAGGUACCGUACCUAUCUCAUAUGCAGCUGCGUCCCUUCAUCUUAACUUGGAACUCUUCAACCUUGUCGCCGUAUACCUAGACGAAUAACACAUGCGAGUCUCUUGGCCGAAGCUGCCAUAUCGACCUUGACUUUGCGAUUCUUAAGUGUUCAAGAUGUCCUAGAAACAUAUCCCUCCCGAAGGCGACUUGGAUUGUCAGCCCACAGCUCUGGGAAACGGCAACAUUCAUGGAUGCUGACG